AGUGCGACAAUAACCACACCGCUGCCGGGACCGAUCUCUACGCACAGGGAGGGUUGGCGUGCUUUUAUCGUGUCGAGCUCGGCUUCUAGUGCGUCUAGCAGGAGGAACGUAUCUUCCGCUGGUUCGUAAACCGUAUCGUAAUCGUGUGGUUCGAAUUUAUACACAGGAGUUUCCAUUGCUGCGUGCGUGCGUUCGUGCGUGGUUUUGGGUGCCUUUUUGGGGGAAGUCUUUGUUUACAAAUAACAAGCACCGCGGUGGUGAAAUGUCAAAAGGGGGUUGGAAAAAGAGAAAAGGAAAGAAAAGCAUUUGGAUAAUUUUAAAUAUUUCCUUCAAUUAUAAGACAAAAGGAAGACCUAUUUUGGUACCACAAUUAGAAAUGAAGUUAAAUCUUUUUCUGUCUCAUUUUGCUACACAAUACAAAGAGACGACAAAAUACCAAACAAACGUAGACAAUUUGUCAUCCACGCGACAAACCAUUCCCUUCACCACCCAUUGCUUUUCGAUCAAAAACUGCUCGACUGUUUCGAGCGCGCUCGGCAAACGUCAACCGCUCACCGCCUGACAGUCGAGCAGCUAACGUCCGCUUCGGGCUGCUUUUCAAACAUAACGAACGCCAUUUAUGCCGCGCUCGCACCUUGUUUACAACGCUCCACAAAUCGUAGUUGGCACCUUUCGUCGCAACAUUUCCUGUUGCUGCGUGUUGUAAAAAAACGGUGAAAAACUCGACCAAAAAGACGAUCCCGAAAGACGGGCAACGGUGGUGAGAGCGAAAAGAAACACACACACACACAGAGCGAUGGAGGACUUUCAGAAGAUUGAAAAGAUUGGCGAGGGUACGUACGGUGUGGUGUACAAGGGACGCAACAAGCACACCGGUGAGAUCGUGGCCAUGAAGAAGAUCCGGCUGGAAACGGAGGACGAGGGCAUCCCAUCCACUGCGAUCAGAGAGAUAUCCCUGCUGAAGGAGCUGAAGCACCGGAACGUGGUAUCGCUGAAGGACGUGCUGAUGGAGGAGAACCGGCUCUAUCUAAUCUUUGAGUUCCUGUCGAUGGAUCUGAAGAAGUACAUGGAUAGCCUGCCGCCGGAGAAGAUGAUCGAUGCGGAUCUGGUCAAGAGCUACAUGUAUCAGAUCACGGCCGCGAUGCUGUUCUGUCACCGUCGGCGCGUCCUGCACCGCGAUCUGAAGCCCCAGAAUCUGCUCAUCAACAAGGAGGGCGUGAUCAAGGUGGCCGACUUUGGGUUGGGCCGAUCGUUCGGCAUCCCCGUGCGCAACUACACACACGAGAUCGUGACGCUGUGGUACCGGGCGCCGGAAGUGCUGCUGGGGUCGCUGCGCUACUCCUGCCCCGUGGACAUCUGGUCGAUUGGGUGUAUCUUUGCCGAGAUGGCCACCCGGAAGCCACUGUUCCAGGGCGAUUCGGAGAUCGAUCAGCUGUUCCGGAUGUUCCGCAUACUGCGCACGCCGACGGAUGACAUCUGGCCGGGGGUGACCUCGCUGCCGGACUACAAAUCAUCCUUCCCUUGCUGGACGCAGAACAAUCUCGCUAGUCAGGUGUCGAAUCUGGAUUCGGCCGGUAUCGACCUGCUGCAGAAGUGCCUUAUCUACGAUCCGAUGCUGCGCAUCUCGGCGAAGAAGAUCCUCGAGCACAAGUACUUCGAUGGGUUCGAGCGGUGCAACAUCCCGACGGAGUAAUUUUAAUUCCCCGUUUUCUUCUCCCCCUCUUGCGCUGUCAGGUGUUUUGCCAUUCCUUUCCACUUCUUUUUUCUCUCUCUCUCCAAGGUGCGCUCGUGAAUUACGUUACUGAAUUUGCGCGCGUGUUUGUGCUUGUGUGUUUGUCCGCGUGUGCCGAAUUAUUAGGAAUUAUUACUGUACAUUUUUACACAAACAAAACACACACGCCACCUUUUUUCAUUCCAAACUCUUUCUUUCCAAUCUUCUCCGCCUCGUCGUCGUCGUCUUCGUUUUGUGUCCAUUUUGUUGGACGUAUGUCGAUGUAAAUAUUCGUCUCGCGAAGAAAGGCCCUCGUUUGUCGUGUCCCAUUUUUCUAAAAGCCAUUCCUCCCACCCCCUCCAACACUACUCGACUCUCUGCACCGCUAUUGCGGGCUGUUUAGACACUAGAAAUUGUAAGUAAUUAUUUCACUUCGCUCCGUUAUUAAAGAACAAAUAUUCUACAAAAAUUUAUUUAAUAAACAAUGUUCUUAGUAAAGCGACCAAAAA